AUGUCCUCCACUAGCUAUGCUGCAGCUGCUGCCACCACUUCUCCCUCUCAACGAAGACAGGAACUUCCUGUUGUGCCCCCUGCUGCUCCAGACCCACUUCCUCAUCCUUUUCCUGCUGCCAACCAGGCUCCCAACCCUGAAGUUCAAGCCCCUGUAAACCCUGUAGCCAAUCAGAAUUUGCGUAUGAAUGCACAAGGAGGAGUGGUGGAGGAAGAAGAUGAAGUGAACAGAGACUGGUUGGACUGGGUGUACACUGCUGCACGCUUUUCAAUCUUCCUCAGUAUAUUGUAUUUCUACUCCAGCCUGAGCCGUUUCAUGAUGGUCCUUGGUGCCAUGAUCCUAAUGUAUCUGCACACAGCUGGAUGGCUUCAAUUUAGGCAAAGGCAAAGGCACCCCCAAGAUGCUGCAGUUGCUCAGCCACAGGCUGCUGCAAAUCAACAGGAUCAAAAUAACAACUUGCAAGAAAAUGGUCAAGCUGCGGAAGAAGCACUAAAUGAGGCUGCAGCCGCCACCCUUCAGGCACACUCAUUCAUGUCCACUGCCUGGGUCUUCUUCAAAACGUUCUUUGCCUCUUUGAUUCCUGAAGGCCCUCAAGCAAUGGUGCAAUGA